CAACCAAACUGUGUGUGAAUUGUAGUGCAAAACACCCCCUGUUUUGGCCCACAAUUGGUCUCAUCUGAAGUGAAUGUGUGAAGAGUUUGUGCGCCGACUCUAACCAUACAUACCAUACAUGCCUUCACUUCACAAGUGUUUACAUUUGAAUUGCAUUUCAAUUGUGUUUCGCCUUUGAGUCCCAAUUAUGGCCGCAAUUAAUGCAAUCAACGCUUCCCUCAAAUAUGGCCACAAUUUGUUGGCCAGAAAUGAGUGUCGUUUAGCCGUGAUUGUCGGCCAACAGAUCCGUUUCCGACGCAAAGGUUUCAAAGAGCAAAAGAUUUUGUCCACACCUCGAGAGUUGCCAAUUGAUGCCGAGAUGGAGAGCCGCCGCGUGUCCAACAAGGAGUCAGUGGUGCCGUCAGAGUUGGCUGAUCUUCGGUUCGCUUUCCCCGAGUUUUUGCCCAAACCUGUGGUCAAACAUCGCGACCGACUCUGCGAACAACUUAUGCGCAAUGAUCUGAUCCGUCGGCGGACUGUCAUCGAUAUUCCCGAGUUUUAUGUCGGAUCCAUACUAUCGGUGACCAUAAGUGAUCCGUACGCACCCGGGAAAGUGUCCAGAUUUGUGGGCAUUUGCAUCGAGAGGGCCGGACAGGGAACCGAUGCCAACUUUACGCUCCGCAACCGAGUGGACGGACAGGGAGUGGAGAUCCGGUACGACAUGUAUAACCCGACCAUUCGUGAGAUACAAGUGCUGAGACUCGAGAAACGACUGGAUCCGCAUCUGUUGUAUCUUCGGGACGCUUUGCCCGAAUUCAGUCACUUCCCAUUCGACAUGACUCCGGAACCGCUGCCGGCGGGCGCAGAGGUGCCGGUGAAUGGGGUGCGAGUGGUGAUGAAGAAGUGGCCAUGGACGCGCAAGUGGGAGGGACACGACCUCGAGGGCAUCGCACAGUUGACAGAUCUGCCCGACUGGCAGUAUAUCAACAAAUGGCGCAAAAAGAACUCAUACGAGAAGUACGACCUCAUGAAGGAAUACAGGGAACACAUCCCCGAAGAGGAA